AAGAGGGAAGCGGAAGUAAACAUGAUGCAACCGUAUCGUGACUUUGGUAUAUUUAUUCUGAGUUUCCAUAGCAUUACGUUAUAGUCUUAUGACUUGUUUAUUGGCGCAGGAGUACUAGUAAUAAUACUCAGUGGUGGGCAAGAAUUCAAUGAAGAGAUUCUUGAAGUUAGUCUUGAUACUGAUAGAAUAAGUUGAAAAUUUUGCAUUGCAACGAAGUUUGUGAAACAAGAUGGUUCUAGGUGUAAAUUCCGUUAGCUCCAAUGCGGAAAACGAUGAUGAUUCACAGAUAUUUCUUUAUGUUAGUGUGAAGUCUCCAAUAACCCACCAAACAUGGGAGGAUGGGCAGUACACAACUUAUGCUGUAAACAUCCAGACAAAUAAUGUUAUAUUUUCCUCCCCCGUGUCAUCUGUACGGCGUCGCUAUUCUGAAUUUGCCUGGUUAAGAAAAAUGUUGAAAAUUCACCACCCAAGUGUUGAUCCACCGUCAUUACCACCCAAAACUUUGUUUGUGGACCGAUUUUGUCCUUCAUUCAUAGAAGAAAGACGAAGUGGCCUAGAAAAGUUUUUAGACAAGGUCCUUACGAUUCCAAUUUAUUUGUCCAAUAAGUGUAUACACCUGUUCUUGCAAAGUACACUGACCAUGAAAGAUAUUGAAAUUUUAGUCAGUGACAGAGCUAUCAAGUUGUCUAAAGAAAACUUGUCUGAAGCAGACUCAGUAAAAGCUUCUGUUAAAAGUCUUGAUGAUACAUGCUUGUCUGAUUACUCGUCAGAAUGCACAGAACCUGACUAUUCAGAAUAUGAUGUAGUGGACUUCUCAUCUCCAUUAGGGUCUCCACUCUGUAUUCGAGAGGAAUGUAAUCAGACAUCAGUAACACACAGCCAUGUAACACUUGGAUCACGUAUAACCAUCUGUACCCCUUCUCUUGUUGUUCCAGAUUCUUCAGACUCAGACUAUGAUUUCUUUCCAUCACAACAAGCUUGUAGUGUUCCUGAUAUUUCUAUUAAUAGAUUUUUACUUCCUGGAAUGAUGAGACCAUUGCAUUCAAACAUGAGUGAGCCAUGCCUAACUGAGACAGCUGUUAAAUUUCCUACUACAAGCUGUUUAAGCUCUCGUUCAUUAAGCCGUAGUUUACCUAAGAAAAGAGUUUCUUUUUCUGACAAUGUGACAAUAGCAACAGUAUAAAAAUUCUUGACAUAGAGCUGUUCAAGAUGUAGUAAAUAAUUUCAUAUGAUAUAUCUUUCUUAAACUUAGUAAUUUUCUUUUAUAUCUUGGUAAUUAACAUCUAGUAAAGCCUUUUAUGAUAAUGAAAAAAUGAGGAAAAACUCAAUUUUAUUAUUUAAAUUAGAAUUAUAGUACUCUAAAUUUUUCAAUCUUAUUGUAAAGAAUACCACAGCAGCAAGAAGAAGUGUACAGUUGUUUAUGUAUAUUUUAUUCUUUUUGUAUGCUGAAAUGUUUCAUAAAAUGUAAAAAAAUUUUUCUUAUUUAAAAUUUUUUUUUCUUUUCUCAGUUUUUAUGAAUAUUCUUCAUAUUAUGUUAUAUCAUUAAGUCAGUAUUUGUAAUGUUUGUGUAUAUUUUAUUUUUGUAUUAAGCACUAUUGUAUUAACAUUACAUCUACUUAACUUUGGGAAUGUACUGCACUGUUGUUUUACUGUAACUCAUCUUAGCUUUAUAAGUUAUAUUUCCUUAAGCCUUAAAGACUUAAGGUUCCAAAGUUAAUUAUUUUAUGUUGACAGAAAGCCAACAUGAUAUAAGAUAUGUAUAUAAUGCGUAAACCUUUGGAUAUUAUGUCACAUGUAUCAGUUAAGUUUCUAAAAAGAUAUUUGUAAUGUAUAAGUUUAAUAUUGUUAAAAUUGGAUGAUCAUACUUAGCACACACAAACAUAUUUUGGGGAUCAAUGUAUAAUGUUUCAGAGAAUAAAAAUCAAAUGUUUAUGAAUGUUUCAAUAUUUCAUAGAGAAAAAGUCCAUUAGUAUUAGGAUGAAAAGUGAUGAUCAUAUGGUGAAGGUAAGAUAAUGUAUUUUUAAAGCUAUAUAGAAAGCACAUUUUAGUAAAAAAAAAUUGUAAUUUCAACAGUUGCCAUGAUACAGAUAGUAAUACAGCAAUUGACAACUCAUAAUGUCUUUCCUAGUAUCUGUUCCUAUCUUUAAUGAACAGAUAUUUUAGAAGUACUGCUUGCUUGUGUUUUUCUAAUGUAGGCAUAUAAAUGGUAACAUUGUUCUUGUGUAGUGUAAGGCUUAAAAUGUUAACAGGGUAGCUGUGAUUCACUGUGUUAAGGUUUACUUUCAAAGGAAAAUAAGUAAAGCACUUAACUUACUCAGAUAUUCAUUGAGACUUGUUUCACAAUCAAAGAAGACUUCAAACUGAGACAGAAAUAUAACUGUUUUUAAAUUAUUUGAAAGAUACAGUAAUUGAAAAAUUGUGAUGAUCAUAGCUUUUUGGUAAUGUUCUCACUGCAUCAUUCUUUUUUUCUUUCUUUUUUUAAGCAUAGGUUAUGAGUGUAGGCUGUAAUGACAGAAUGGUCUGUUUCUGCUAGUAGAAUGGAUCAUCAUAAAGUAAUCCUUAAAGUGUUAACAAAUAUAAGUUUUUAACCAAGCUUCUGAAAGAAAAAUGGAAAAUAAAAUUGUCUUUUUUUUGGUUCUAUUAGGCAGGUUAUUUGAUUUACUGUAAUUGUCUUAACAUAUGAUCAGCUAGUUAGUUGUAGCAUUUUAUGAAGGAAUGAAACUGCUUCCUUUUCAAUAUGUAUCAAAAUGAAAAUAAUGUUUACUUAGAAAGUAAUAUUUAAAACAAAAAUGUAUAGAUAAAACUGAACAGGAAUAACUUGACUACUAACAUAAAAUAUGGUGAAUAAUAAAAAUAUAGAAUUUUUUUGUUGCAUAGCAAGACUUGCAUUUGAUGUUGAUUUGGUUAAAAUUAUUAUCAUUAAAUGAAUGUAUAUAAUUUAUGAAUAGUCUAAAUUAAAAAGGAAAAGAAACCUAGUAUCUCUGGUACAUAAAAUGAGUAAUAUGUUAACUUGAAAGUAUUUUUGUGUUCAAAGUAUUUAUUCUGGAAUGUAAUUUCUUUGGAAAAUUGGUUAAUGCUAAUGUUUUAAUUUUAUGGAAAGAUCUCAAGAGUACAACAAAUAAUUUAUAAUAUUUCUCCUGACAACUGUUUUGAAUGCAGAAAAAAUUUAAGAUGUUUGUUUUUGUAUUCUUAGAAUCACCAAGCAUGAUUAAAAUUGUCUUGUAGUUUGCAUCAUUAGAACCGAUUUGAUUUAAUCUGACAUAUUUAGAAGAAGGAACGGCUAUAUUGUAAUGUUUGUAUGUUUUUAUUUAAAGUAUGCAUCUGUCUCUCUGUCUUCUUUUUUUGGAUUAGUAAAUAAUUUUGAUAAUAGUGUAUCUUAAUGAUAUUUUGGUUUUAUAGUAGAAAGAGAGAGAAAAUCAAAACAUUGAUUAUGAAUUAACAUGUUUUUCCUGUUAAAGAACAAAUUGUUUCUGAGGCUGAUUUUAUUUCAUUUAUGCAAGAUAUUUUUAUACUGCUUUUACAGAUCACAUUUUCUUCACCUUUUAGCACAUGACCUAAUCUGUGUUAUAGUUUGAUAGAAUUCCAGUUUCUAGAUGAUCAGUAUGAAGAAGUGAAAGUAUGAAAAUAAUGUAGUGAGAUUAGCAAAAAGAAAUGGAAAGGAAAAAUCUAAACUAAGAAAAAUUAAAUAUCAAUUUUUGUAAUAAACUGUCAAGAAUUUUAAAUGCAAAAUUUAGUAUUUUGUGUGACCAAGGUUUUUUCUUUUUUAUAUUUUUUUAUUUUAGAAGUUAGCAGAUGUUAAAACAUUUAUGUAUCAUUCCAUAAUAUUAUGUACUUAUUAGGUCAUUUCAGUCGGUUGUAAUUAGAACAUUUGGUUAUUUAUACUUGUUUGGCAACAACAAGAUGACUUGUGGUUUGGUAUUCCAAAAGUUUUCUCUAGGAUUAUGGGUAAGUCAUGGAUUUUUCAAAAUCUUAAUUUGAUUUUGGUAUUUCCUAAUAUUCAGCAAAUUUUUAAUUAAUGCAGUUGUGACUGAUAUAUUCACUGCUACCUGUCAAUUAUUAGUAGACAAUUUUUUUUUAACUUGAUAGAAGUGGCAAAAGAUAGGUUUUUAACAAGCCCUUUUAAGGCAUUUUUGUCAAAAGUAUAUCUUAUACAGGGAAAAAUUGGUUUGUAGUUCUCGAUCACUUCAUUAGAUAUUAAUUUAUUCACCAAAAAGAGUGUCUUUAGUAAUUAGAAAACCUGGCAGAUUUGUAAUUUUAUCUACAAAUAGCCAAAGUCGCAUUCUUCCACAUUUAAAUCUGGAAACUGAUAUUGUACCGACACCUGUUCUGGCUCUUCUUCUAGCUAUUCUUUAUUUGAGUUUAGUUUCGAUAAUAUUGAAUAUUUUUAUGCACUUAGCCUUCUGGUUUUUCUUGCUCAGUUAUUUUAAAUUAAAGUUAGCGACUGGUGUUUGUUUCUUAUACAUGUGUUCCUCUACACAGAACUGGCAUACAUUAUUUAUUAUGGCUUAAGGUCUCAGAAAUAAUCAAUUUCACUUAUCUUUUAUACAUUACCAGUAAAUAAUUUCACAUUGUUUUUUGCAGCCUGAUUUGUCCUUAAUUGGCUUGUGCCAGUUUGUUAUAUACACAUAAGACUGAUAUAUUACAAUUGUCCAAACUGUGUUGUGCGUAAGCUGUGAUACUUUGUAUAUGUAUAUUUAUAUGUACAUGAGAAUAACGCAAAUAAAGAUUAUUAAUUGUGAAA